AUGUGCCCAAAUACUCAAAUCAUAUUCCGGAAUGUAUAUACAAUAUACAAUGGGAAAAACUUUGAAGUGGUGGUUGAUUCAAGUCUUGAAGGAAAUUUUGUAGAAGAAGAGGUGGAGAAGUUGUUUCAGUUAGUUCUCAGCUGCACACAAGAUGAUCCAGAUGAACGUCCCAAGAUGUUGGAAAUUGUGAGAAUGAUCGAUGGCCUAGACGAUAGGUGGAAAGAAUUGGCAGAGCAAAGUUUGAAGGAAAGUUUUAGAAGCAAUUGGAACGUCCCUACAGAAUGGAUCUUGACAGAUAGCUCUUCUUUCACUGUGGCAGAAGAACUGUCCAGUCCCAGAUGA